AGAGAACACCCUUGUUAAAACGAGGGGCUGCUCCUGUCACAAGUUUGCCCAGCAAAGAUCUCUUGCCACCCUAUAACUAUCGUCAGCGAGCUCUGCUCUUUUCAGCGUGCCUAUCUAUUUCACAGCGCGUCUGUGACUCCAGGCUCCUAAACUCAACCGCGUUGUAAGAUAUAACCGAGCACGCAACCUUUACGGCUUCUCAGCUAUUUUGUCGGCCAAUACUAUCAGGAUCGCCAGAAGAAUCGGUGAAGCCUCCAUCAUGAGACUCUUCACGUUCCUCGUCGCAACCCUGACCCUUCUCUCUGGCGCCUUCGCCGCCGACAUUCAGAAGUCGGUUCUUGUCACCUAUCCGCCUGAGACGCCCGACUCGGUCGUGGAACAAGCCAAGAAGGCCGUUGUCGAGGCCGGUGGGGUCAUUACGCAUGAAUACACUCUCAUCAAGGGCUUUGCGGCAAAGGUUGGCGAGAAAGUGAUCGAUUCAGUUUCGGCUCUAGGCAAGCAGUACCAGGUGCUUGUUGAGGAGGAUCAGGAGGUCCACCACAUGAACGGUGGCAGCGUCGGGCUUUAAAGAGAGUGAGGAAGACACUUAAACACAACGGCCAAACACAAAACGACAUGACGACCACGAACUACGAG